AUGUCCGAUCGUGUUGCCAUCCCCCGUUUGUUAAACACUCACAUAAGGCAGAAACCAGGUCGUACCGGAAGAGCUUGUGACGAGUGUCGGUCACGAAAAGCAAAAUGCGACGGAGUCAAACCAACAUGCUCUUUUUGUGUUAAGCAGCAGACAACAUGCAAUUAUUCAGAGCCGAAGAGAAAACGCGAACAAACCGAGUUGGGAUUGGCGAGAGACAGAGCCGACGGUUUCGAAAAGGUGCUUCGUGAAAUCUUGAACGAAGUUGAUCUUCCUGUCUCAAAGAAGAUAAAGGAAGUGCUAAAACUUUCAUCCUUGAGUCAACAAGCUCGCAAGAGUUUGAGCUUCUCUUCGGUUCCGUCCUCGCCAUCCUCUGUUGGCUCCCUAGACGCCGUUGAUGUCCUUGACGAAGAUCUUAAUCGGAGUCAAGACAGCAGAGCAAUAGGGUACCUCGGGGGAAGCUCGGAGGUGUCCUGGAUGCGCAGCUUAGAAAUGAAAUCUGCUGGCUUGUCCAACAAUGAGCAGAAUUCAGAAACCAGUCACAGCUGGCCACCUUCGCGAAUUGCUCCCACCGCAUCGAUGAACUAUCAUAUCGAACCAGCUGCUUACCCAGCAGAAGAGGUUGACAACGUCUAUUCUCUACCGGAGAAAUUAUCCGCAGAGCGACUCCUAGAAAUAUACAUGGACAGUGUCCAGCCAUCUCUGCCAGUUAUCCGAUCAGAUCUUUUCAAAGACCAGUUUGAUUCCUUCACUUCAGGACGCUCAGGUCAUCCGGGAAGAAAAUGGCUGGCCGUGCUCAACUUGGUUUUUGCCAUCAGCACGAAGCUAUGCCAACAUUCUGGCCAAGACACUCAAAAUAUGGGUCACCUAUUUUUUUUCGCGGGCGCAAAUGUUGAACAUUUCCGAAAGGCAUGGAAAAUGAUCGGCAUAGCCACUCGCUCCAGUAUCUCAUUGGGUCUUCACCUGCGAGCAACUCACCAUGACUUGAACGUACAAGCGCUCGAGGCCCGGCAUAGACUCUUCUGGUCAAUCUUCAUCUUGGAAAAUCUUCUUUCUGAUAUGACAGGGCGCGCCUCCGGAUUGAGUAGUAUCUACUGCUCAGUACCUCCGCCACUUGCCUCAAGAGACAUGUGCCCUUUCACCAACGGCUCACAAAAGGGCCGGGUAGACCCAGCUCCCGAAAGUCCACCGAUGAAUUGGACAAUGGAUCAAGAACACAAGCACUUGAAAGCUCAGCGGAACCUCACAAAAACAAUGGAAGCCACUCACGAGCUGUAUUUUUUCUGUCUUGUCGACAUAACUUCUAUCUCGCAUGCUGCGUCCGCAAGUGUGUAUAAUAGAGAAGCACUCAAGUUAGGCUGGAGUGAGAUUCAGAGUCGAAUCGACUUCUACAAUGAAAUCAUGCUUGACUGGCUCUCUGGCUUACCAGAUUGCCUCAAAUUUGAUAAAUUGAAUAGCGUCCCAGUCCUCUCUCCUCAACAGGCUUAUGGGGCUUCUUUGGCAUUACACUAUCACAGUGCACGGAUUGUUCUCAACAGACCGUGUGUCACUCGACAGAAGGGUGGGAAAAGCUUUAAGGGACACCUUUCCCGCACGAGAAAAGAUAUCGAAAUGACUUGCUUGCAAUCAGCUCUGGCAAUACUUUCUAUCUUUCCAGAAGAGCCGAGCACGAGCUGGUUCCGAUGUGUCACCUGGUGGAAUAUUCUUCAUUUUCUUGUCCAAAGCACCACCAUAUUCCUCAUCAAUCUCUCCUAUCUAGAUUCCACGAAAUCGCAGGGUUCAAGUCCAACCAGUGACACAAGAGUCGACCAAUUUCAAACCUCUGCCACAACUAUCAAUCCCGACACUAUUAUAGCAGCUACCAGAAAGGCGUUACUGUGGUUAUCUCACCUGGGCCAGACAGACGCAUCGGCCCGAAGAGCGUUUAACCUCUGCAAUAACUGCAUCCGUCGCAUGGAUUUGGACUAUACGGACCUUGCGAGUCCUACUAGAACGAACUAUCCCUCCGAGUCGCCUCGUCUCGAAGUACCCACCGACCAGUCACACCAACAAUACCGCAGCAAGCACAAUGUGCCGAAUUCGCAGUUUGUUGGCUCUAGAAGCUUCGGCUUUGAUGGAAAAAUUGAUACAGCCUCUUUGCCUGUAAAAUUCGAAGAUAAAGAAGAACCGGGACUGAUAUACCCCUUGAUUGGAACACUUGCAGUGGAUGUUGACAUGUCUGACUACAUUCCCGACCUGGAGUCGGCAACUCUGGACGAUGUUUUGCAGUGUCUUGCAGCAUGA